GGGAGCGCGGGGCGGCCGUCCCAGCGCAUGUGCUCACACGGUGGUGGCAGGUUCCCCCUUGUCCCCAGCAGCACCCAGCAGGAGAAGAUGCCAGGCGGGAGCGUGUGGGUGCUGGCGUUGGCGCUGGCGCUGCCCAGCACUGGACAGUACCUGGAGAGAGCCGAGAACAUCAUGAACAGCACGCCGGUCAUCGAUGGGCACAAUGACCUGCCCUGGCAGCUCCUCCGGAAAUUCAACAACCAGCUGGGGCUGCCAGAAGCCAACCUGACAGUGCUGAACGACACCCACACCAACAUCCCCAAACUGCGCCAGGGGCGCGUGGGCGGGCAGUUCUGGUCGGUGUACGUGCCCUGCGAGACGCAGAACAAGGACGCGGUGAGGCGCACGCUGGAGCAGAUGGACGUGGUGCAGCGCAUGUGUGACCUGUACCCAGACACCUUCGCCUGCGUCACCGACACCGAGGGCAUCCGGCAGGCGUUCACGAGCGGGAAGGUGGCCAGCCUCAUGGGGGUGGAGGGUGGCCACUCCAUCGACAGCAGCCUGGGCGUCCUGCGCUCCCUCUACCGCCUGGGCGCCCGCUACAUGACCCUCACCCACAGCUGCAACACCCCCUGGGCUGACAACUGGCUGGUGGACACCAAGGAUGAAAAACCUGUGCACCACGGCCUCUCAGCCUUUGGGAAGAUGGUGGUGCAGGAGAUGAACCGCCUGGGCAUGAUUGUGGACCUGGCCCACGUCUCGGUGGACACGAUGAAGGCCGUGCUGAACAUCUCCAAAGCCCCCAUCAUCUUCAGCCACUCGUCUGCCUACGGCAUCUGCCCGCACCGCCGCAACGUGCCCGACGACGUGCUGCGGCUGGUGGUGAGCGUGGGGACGCGCCGGCAGCGAGUAUGGAUGUGGGACCCCCGCGCCAGAGCCCGCCGCUCCUGGCUGGACAUGUUGGGCCACCCCGGCAUGCUGGUGGCCACCCCCGCGUGUCACCGGCCACCCCCGCGUGUCACCGGCGGGGCAGAGCAGCAGGGUCCCGGCGGCGCUCGCACCGGGAAGCUGUAA